AUGAACAAUUCACUCGUAGAAGAUGUAAUAAGAAGAUAUGUUCAAAGAAGGAAGGACAUUAUAAACAAGGUCAUAAAUUCUAGGGAUAGAAUACCAUUAGUGGAGUAUACAAUAGAAGGUGACGAAUUGUUCAUAUGUUCCAAGUACUAUUUUAUAGAUAAUAUAUAUAUUAAAGUGAAAAAGGAAAAUGACAAAUUUAAUUUAAAAUUUGUAGACAAGAACUGUAUGAAUUUAUUCAAACAAAGAGAUCAUAUAGAAAAUAAUACGAUAAAUGCAGAAAUAGGUAAUGGUGGGAUAAACACAGAAUUAGAUAGUGAGAUGCAGAACACUGAAUUAGAUAACGAGGUGUUAUAUGCAGAAUUAGAUAACGAGAUAAUAGAUGCAGAACUGCAUAACGAAAUGUUAAUGGAAGAAUCAGGUAGCGAGAUGUUAAACUUAGGAUCAGAUAACGAGAUAUUGAAAACUGAAUUAGAUAAUGAGGUGUUGUCUUAUACAAAAUUAGACAAUAAAAUGACGCUAAACUCAGAUUUAGAACAUAUGGAUUUUUCAAAAAAGGAGAGAAAAAAUCUUAUUAUUAUAUUAAGUGGAACUUCAGGUGGUGGUAAGAGUACCUUAAGUUGUUUAUUAGGAUUGUUCUUAAAUAUAAGGAGAAUUUUAUCAACAGAUGUUGUACGAGAAAUUUUAAGAAAGUAUCAAGUACAGAAUGACAGGUAUCUUAGGUAUUCAACAUACGAAUCAUGGAGAUUAAAUAGUAGCGAAGAUGAGGAAGAUUUUGAAUGUGCGCAAAUAAAUAGAGAGUGGGGUGUACAGACAGACGAAAAAAAAAAAGUUAAGAGUAGGGAGUUUAAAAGCUAUAGUACUAAAUACUCAGAGAGAGGUAAAGACGUUGAAAAUAUGCUGAGAAAGAGGUGUAUUGGGAAUUACUCAAAACAAUGUGAAUUGAUAUUUAACUACGUUGAUAACAUAAUUAAUGACCAUAUUGUUAACAAAGAAUCUAUAAUAAUAGAAGGUGUACAUAUAAAUGCAGAAAUUAUAAAUAAAUUAAUUAAGAAGUAUCCCAAUAAAAUUAUUUUUUUCCUAGUCUACAUAACUGAUAAGGAAACUAGUAUUCGAAGAUUUUCUAGUAGAUCUACAGAUUCAAAUGAAGAAGAAAACAAAUACAUCAAAAAUAUUAAUUAUAUUAAUGAUAUACAAAAUUAUUUACUAGAAACGACAACAAAUUUAGUUCCUUCAGUUAAUUAUAUUGAAAAUAUUGAUAUUUAUAGUUCGCUAGAGAAAAUUCUUAAGAUAAUAUAUUCAUUUAACUAA